GACAACAAGAAACGCAGACAGUCAAAGACAAGUCAGUGCUCACAGAGAGGCGGUCGGUGCCAGACGCUCGGAGUGGGGAGCAAAAUUUACAGAACUCUGUGACAAAAACACUUAAAGGACAGCUUCUGACUCUCGGCUUUGGAGGUUUUCUGGUCCGCCGUGGCACAUCUAGAGUCUGGAGAAAAUCAUCCUGGUGUCGAGCGGCAGUACGAGAGAGAAAGGAAACUCCAGGAGACAAGCUGGACAGAGCGGAGCAGAGGGAGGAGGGCGAAUGCCCAGAAUUCAUUUUGAGACACAGAGGGUGCAACAGUGACUGUGACAGCGGCAACAGCAGCAACUCCACCUCUGACAGCCAGGACACCAUGAGCCCAGGCAGUGGGACUGCGGUCAUUAGAAGAACGGUCCACCAUGAAGGAGACGAGAGGAAAGAGGAGGAGGAGAAGAGCCCAGACGAAGGCUUUAUGGGGAUGACGCCGCUACUGCAGGCCCACCAUGCUAUGGAAAAGAUGGAGGAGUUUGUCCAUAAGAUGUGGGAAGGCCGGUGGCGUGUCAUCCCUCAUGACGUGCUGCCUGAUUGGCUGAAGGACAACGACUUUCUCCUGCACGGACACAGGCCACCGAUGCCGUCCUUCAGAGCGUGCUUCAAGAGCAUCUUCAGAAUCCACACAGAGACGGGCAACAUCUGGACUCACCUUCUCGGUUGCCUGUUCUUCCUGUGUCUGGGGAUCGUGUACAUGUUCAGACCCAACAUGUCGUUCGUGGCACCGUUUCAGGAGAAGAUCGUGAUUGGCGCGUUCUUCUUGGGAGCCAUCCUCUGCCUGUCCUUCUCCUGGCUCUUCCACACAGUCUACUGCCAUUCAGAGGGCGUCUCUCGGGUGUUCUCAAAGUUGGACUACUCCGGCAUCGCGUUCCUGAUCAUGGGUAGUUUUGUGCCGUGGCUUUACUACUCCUUCUACUGCUCCCCGCAGCCCUGUGUAGUUUACUCGAUCGUGGUGUGUAUCCUGGGCCUCGCCGCCAUCACCGUCUCCCAGUGUGACUUCUUCGCCACGCCGCAGUACCGAGGAGUAAGAGCUGGUGUGUUUGUGGGCUUGGGCCUGAGUGGAGUCGUCCCCACGUUACACUUCGUAAUCUCCGAGGGCUUCCUCAGGGCCACCACUAUUGGUCAGAUGGGCUGGCUGUUCCUCAUGGCCACCCUUUACAUCACUGGAGCCUGCCUUUACGCUGCGCGCAUCCCUGAGAGAUUCUUCCCCGGCAAAUGUGACAUCUGGUUCCACUCGCACCAGCUGUUCCACAUCUUGGUUGUCGCGGGAGCGUUCGUGCACUUCCACGGCGUGUCCAACCUGCAGGAGCUGCGCUACACGGUGGGAGCCGGCUGUACCGCGGACGGCGCUCUGUGAGACCGCACUACACCACUAGGGGGAGACCGAGCUCUCCUUUUAUUACCACCACCGCCAGUAACGCCUCCUCCUCUCUCACCUGUCUCACUCCACUACCGAGGGCUGAACAAGAUCUUUCCUUCUGUUUGUUUUCCCGCUAAUUCCUUCUCUCCACCUCUUCUGCCCUCUUUAAUAAUAAAAAAAAGGCAACACACGAUGCGAUUCAGUGGAGCUCGACGGUGGACCGAGUCUGAAAUACUGAUUUACAGAGUUGUUUUUGAGAUCUGUAAACACACAUCUGACUUCAUGCUGUUUGCAUAUUAACUGGGCUAGGGGAGAAAAACAAAAAAACAAAUUAAGUUGUGAAAUUUUGCCUUUAAAGGUGCAAAUGGUUUCAACUGUUAUAAACAUUGUUAUUAUUAAUGUAAAUAAGAUUUCUAAACCUGGGUUAUAUAGAUUUUUACAAAUGUUAAAUAAUAAUAAUAAUAAUAAAAACAACAAAAAAAAAUCAUUAUAGUAUUGUUAAAUUGAGCGGAAAAGAUGCAAAAUGGGUGCAUCGAUUAGGAUCUUGGAGUCAGCAAAUUAACUGUGCACUUCUGAACCAAAUAAUAAGACUAAAGGACCGGAGAGAAACUCGGAUUUCGGAUCGAACUGAACGAAGCGAUAUUCGCUGCGUCACGUGACCGUGCACAGCCAGGGUUUUUCUCAGACGCUGUGACAGUGUGUAUCCUUGGAGCGCCGAGUCUUCAGAAGUCCACGAGAAGCCACUGGGAGAGUUUUUCUGGCAAAGCCAUAAUCCUGACGUGCACCAGGUCCAACAUCUGGCCUUAAGAUAUCAUUUUCAGGCUCCCUUUUUUUUUUUUUUCCACAUAAGGAAUUUCUGCUUCUCUGUUUGGUUUAUAGCACCUCAGAUCACACGUUUUGAUUCAUAUUAUGGGAUGUUGAAGAUCCUGGCAUACAGAGAUGCUGAGAUGUGUGUGUGUGUGUGUGUGUGUGUGUGUGUGUGUGUGUGUGUGUGUGUGUGUGUGUGUGUGUGUGUGUGUGUGUGUGCACACGUUUUAUUUCAUUGCUAAUGAUUAGCUGCUUUUUGCUUUAUUUAAUGAAAUGCAGUCUGUUUGGUCGGGACACUUCUUUUAUUUCAUUCGAUUUGAUUGACUUUUUUUUUUUUUUUUGCAUUGCAACAUUCGAAACUUUUUGCUCGCCUUUUCCGAAGGGCUUGUGGGUCAAGUGUUAGAGAUCCAUGAACGCAUCACACUGUGUUUCAUCUACUUAAGAGUAUUGCUACAGUCUGGGUUCGACCGCUCAGUGCGAGACGAGGCUUCUUCAGAGGACGUUUUAACAAGAUGGAGGGCCGUAACGGCGGCAUCGCACAGCCACCGUCCGUUUCUUAAAACGCUGCCUUACUCGUCAGCUCGGGGAUCGACGUCAACGUCUUGGAACUUCAAUACAGGAUGAUCCUGUAGACUGCACACUCAUCCGUCUGUAAGAGACUUUGACAGUGUUAUCAGUGCAAACUGUCAGCGCCGUAGGGCCCUGAAUCCACCACCGACGCAAGGCCUUGAUUCACUGCGUAAUAUGUUUAAUUCAUUUUUGAUGAGGUUGAUUUUCCUUCUUUUUUUUUGAUUUCGUUAUUCUUUUUAAUAUUAAUUUAUUAAGGUGUGGGAGGUGCAUACUAUUUCUCGUCGAAGCACACACAGUGAAUUCGGAGCGUCUGCAGUAGAACCUUUUAUAUCUGCUGUAUUGUUUUAAUAAAAUGUUUUUGAAUUCUGA